AUGGCGACGCCAUUAACGACUACAGGAGGAGGAGGAAUACAAGGAGUAGGCGGUGGUGGUGGAGGAGGAGGAGGAGGAGGAGGAGGAGUAGCGGUAAUGUCAGGUACACACGUGGAACAAUCUGGAACGUUGAGUAGUAGUAGUAGAGCGGUGGGAGUUAAAGGUUCAUCGCCUAUAAGGAUUUUUCUUUUCUUUCAUAAAGCUAUAAGGAAGGAACUGGAUGGGUUACAUCGAUCUGCUAUGGCGUUUGCGACGAAUCAGGAUACUGAGAUUAAGCCUUUUAUGGAACGGUGUUACUUUUUGAGGUCGAUUUAUAAACAUCACUGCAAUGCUGAAGAUGAGGUUAUCUUUCCAGCACUUGAUAUUCGUGUGAAGAAUGUAGCACGGACUUACUCCCUUGAGCAUGAAGGAGAAGGUGUGCUUUUUGAUCACCUGUUUGCAUUACUUGACUCGGAUACGCAAAGUGAAGAAAGCUACCGCAGAGAAUUGGCUUCCUGUACAGGAGCUCUUCAAACAUCUAUUAGCCAACACAUGUCUAAGGAAGAAGAGCAGGUCCUCCCCUUGCUCAUGGAGAAGUUUUCAUUCGAGGAGCAGGCAUCACUGGUGUGGCAAUUUCUGUGCAGCAUCCCUGUGAAUAUGAUGGCCGAAUUUCUGCCUUGGCUUUCAUCUUCUAUAUCUGCUGAUGAGUGCAAAGAUAUGCAUAAAUGCUUGCACAAAGUAAUUCCAGACGAGGAUCUUCUUCAAGAGAUUAUGUUUACCUGGAUGGAUGGCAAAAAGUUAACAAACAAACGCAAGGCUUGUGAAGAGAGUACAACACACAAUAAUUCAGAUUCUGUUGUUAGAGGCUUAAUUGGUCAGGCAGAGAAUGUUCCUUGUCCUUGUGAAUCUUCUAGCAGGGAAUUUCUUGUCUCAAAUUUGAAUCUUAAAGAAUCCACUCUGAAUCGCCCGGUUGAUGAGAUACUGCAUUGGCACAAGGCUAUUAGAAAGGAGUUGAAUGACAUAACAGAAGCAGCUAGGGAAAUAAAGUUGCGUGGAGAUUUUUCUGAUUUAUCUGCCUUCAACCAGAGGCUCCAGUUUAUUGCUGAAGUUUGUAUCUUUCAUAGUAUUGCCGAGGACAAAGUUAUAUUUCCUGCAGUAGAUGCAGAAAUAUCAUUUGCCCAGGAGCAUGCGGAAGAAGAAAACGAGUUUGACAAAUUUAGAUGCUUGAUAGAAAGCGUUCAGAGUGCUGGAUCCAACUCAACUUCUGUAGAAUUUUAUUCAGAACUGUGCUCACAAGCUGAUCAUAUAAUGGAGACAGUGGAAAGACACUUCUGUAAUGAGGAGGCUCAGGUUCUUCCACUCGCACGAAAACAUUUUAGCGCCAAAAGGCAGCGGGAACUCCUUUACCAGAGCUUGUGUGUUAUGCCACUUAGACUCAUAGAAUGCGUCUUACCAUGGUUGGUAGGUUCAUUAAGUGAGGAGGAAGCAAGGUCUUUUCUUCAGAACAUGCAUCUGGCAGCACCAGCAUCAGACACUGCUUUGGUCACACUUUUCUCUGGUUGGGCAUGCAAAGGUCGUCCAGAUGACAUUUGUUUAUCUUCAAAUGUAACCGGUUGCUGUCCUGCUAAAAUUUUAGCUGGGAAUCAAGAGAACUUAGGUAAAUGUUGCGGUACAUGCACUUCUUCAAGAAUUGCCAAAUGUAGCAGUAGCUCAAAUGGUGAGCAGAGUAAUGGUGAAAGGCCAACCAAGCGUGUAAACUUAAUGUCAGAGGAUAAAUGCUAUCGUCAUGAACCUUCAGGAGGUGGAAAAUUUCGGAAAGGAUCCACUGGUAAUCAGUCUUGUUGUGUUCCUGCAUUAGGUGUUGUGAAUUCCCUUGCUGCAGCAAAAUCAUCGCGCACUUUUACUCCAAGCGCUCCUUCUCUGAACUCCUGUCUUUUCAACUGGAAUACCAGCUUGACCAAUGCUGGAUAUGCAACACGUCCGAUCGAUAACAUUUUUCAAUUUCACAAGGCAAUCAGAAAGGAUUUGGAAUUUCUGGAUGUUGAAUCUGGAAAACUGACUGAUUGUGAUGAGACUUUCCUCAGGAAGUUUUGUGGUCGUUUUCGUCUCCUACGGGGCUUGUAUAAAGCUCACAGUAAUGCAGAGGAUGAUAUAGUAUUUCCAGCUUUGGAAUCAAAAGAGACGCUUCAUAAUGUUAGCCAUUCUUACACCUUGGACCACAAACAGGAAGAAAAGCUAUUCGAGGAUAUAUCAUCUGCACUUGAUGAGCUUUCUCAGCUCCGUGAAAACUUGAAUGGUGGGAGUUCAGUUAAAGGUCCGUGUAGAAACUCUGGUGCUUGUGACUUACAUGAAUAUUCAAGAAAAUACAAUGAGCUGGCAACUAAAGUUCAAGCCAUGUGCAAAUCGAUAAAAGUAACCCUGGAUCAACAUGUUAUACGGGAGGAAGUUGAGCUAUGGCCGCUAUUUGACCGGCAUUUUAGCAUUGAAGAACAAGACAAACUAGUUGGUAGGAUAAUAGGUACAACUGGGGCAGAGGUACUUCAGUCAAUGUUGCCCUGGGUAACCACUGCUCUCACUCAGGAUGAACAAAAUAAAAUGAUGGAGACAUGGAAGCAAGCAACCAAAAACACUAUGUUCAGUGAAUGGCUCAAUGAAUGGUGGGAAGGAACUCCAGAUGAAACUUCCCAGGCAUCAAGCUCAGAGGACAUUGUAUCACGAGGAUGUGAGUUUCCUGAAUCACUAGAACAAAGUGAUUCAACUUUUAAACCUGGAUGGAAGGACAUAUUCCGGAUGAAUCAAAAUGAGCUAGAGUCAGAAAUAAGGAAGGUCUCCCGAGACUCUUCGCUUGAUCCUAGAAGAAAAGCAUAUCUUAUUCAAAAUCUCAUGACCAGUCGCUGGAUAGCUGCUCAGCAGGAGUCUGAAGCAAGAUCUGUUGAAACUUCAAAUGGUCAAGAUCAAAUAGGAUGUUCACCUUCAUUCCGUGAUACAGAUAAGCAAGUGUUCGGAUGUGAGCAUUAUAAAAGAAACUGCAAGCUCCGAGCAGCUUGCUGUGGUAAACUAUAUCCAUGCAGAUUCUGUCAUGACAAAGUCAGUGAUCAUUCUAUGGAUAGGAAGGCAACAACUGAAAUGAUGUGUAUGAACUGCCUCAAAGUACAACCAGUUGGACCUACUUGCACGACUCCAUCCUGUAAUGGCCUUUCAAUGGCAAAAUAUUACUGCAGCAGCUGUAAAUUUUUUGAUGAUGAAAGGACAGUAUAUCAUUGCCCGUUUUGCAAUUUAUGCCGGCUGGGGCAAGGACUAGGUGUUGACUUCUUUCAUUGCAUGACCUGCAAUUGCUGCCUCGGAAUGAGACUUGUGGACCACAAAUGCAGGGAGAAAGGUCUUGAAACCAACUGUCCAAUAUGUUGUGAUUUUUUAUUCACAUCAAGUGAAACUGUCAGGGGUCUGCCCUGUGGGCAUUUUAUGCAUUCAGCAUGCUUUCAGGCAUAUGCUUGCACACAUUACAUCUGUCCCAUUUGCAGCAAGUCUAUGGGAGAUAUGUCGGUGUACUUCGGGAUGCUUGAUGCUUUGAUGGCUUCAGAGGUACUACCAGAAGAGUUUAGGAACCGCUGCCAAGAUAUAUUGUGUAACGACUGUGGUAAGAGAGGAACUGCACCAUUCCAUUGGCUAUAUCACAAGUGUGGAUCUUGUGGAUCCUACAAUACCAGAGUGAUAAAGGUGGAAACAAGUCCUAAUUGCUCAAGCUAAUGAGACCUGUUCGAUUACCAACGGACAGAGCAAGAGGCGCGGGAAAGGGAGGGGUGAGUGGUGGGUGGAAGGUGGAAGGUUUCAUCCUGAUCUUCACAUCACUCGUAUCGUACGUUUCUUUUAUGUACAUAUAUAUAUAAUAGAUGUCGGAACCCAGGAUUACAUACUUCUUCUAUACAUCGCAUUGUUAAGUGCGAGCUCGAUACAUAGGUUUGUAAAAUACAUGAGCAAUAACGGUCGCCAAAAUUUUGUUGUUGUUAUACACCAAAUAUGCUGUUUAGCCAAAUUAUUGUGUGCUAAAGUUUUCAUCUACUUUAGCUGUUGUUUCAAUUUUAAUCCAGAUGUAUAAUGAUACUACUAAUAAUAAUUUGUUCUCUGUUGUACCCUGCCCA